AUGGCGCGAAACAACAAUCUAGUUGGGUUUACAGAUAGCGUGAUGAGUCUAUGGUACAAGAUCCCUCAAGAUUCAGGGGCUGGCCGUUGGAGGCGCAACCACAGCAGUUCUGUCGCCGCAGCAUCAACAAGUUUUUUUGCAUGCGCAACUACAUCAGGUUCAAGUGCAGAUACAGGCACUGCAGCAGCAGGUUUUGUCACUGAAAUGUCUCCAAGUUCAGGUACAGGCGCUGCAUCAACAGUUUCUUUCGCCACAGUACCAGCAAGUUCUGUCGUCGACGCAUCAACAACAAUUGUUGUUGGUGCAACAUCAGCGAGCAGAAUCAUCGACGCAGCAACAUCAGGGAAAUCUUAUGACUCUUCUAGCAGCGACAAUGAUAUUAAGGAGAUUAUUUGUGACAACUGCGACAAUGUUUCACCUGCAAAUGAUAAUUAUGUUUGUGAACUGGCACAAUGCUUAGAUGCUAUUUUUCCAAAAGAAGCAGCAGCAGACCAACAGGUUGCAGUUUCUAACGAUGGCUUCCAAGAUCGACGGUGCAACAGUAGUGCCGAAUUGGUCAAUAAUGCAACAGAUUCUUCACCGGUUAAGCAGAAGUCUAAUCAUACAUGGCUUUAUGACAGGAGAUGUUCCGCCAGCAGAAGAAGCAAGCGAAGUAAAGGGAAGCCAAUACCGCAUGGUUUUCACUUUGCAAAAAAGGUUGAUGAUGGUCCUCCAUUACGCGGCAUUGAUUUUCAUGGUGCCAACAAUAAUUAUGCUUAUUUGGAUUAUGGUGUUGCUCUAGAGUGGAGAAUUGAUUUGGCUAAAGAUCAUGAGUUGCUAAAAUCAUUAAUUGGCCAAGAAAAGAAGCGUUCCGCAAGACCUCAACUGAAGAUACUUAUACCUUCUGUCAUGCGGCUUAGCAGAAUCAAGGCAUUUCAUAAUUUGACUGGCCUAUGUUGUAAUGAGAUUUCUUACUACUCUAUGAGAAUUUGA